UAGCAGAGCUUCUCUUUAAAAUCCCAGAUCAAACAAUACUCCCCCAUCCCUCCAUUGCACCCAGCUCAGCAAAUUGCGGAUUAACCAAAACCAUCAAAGAGAGGAAAGGGUUUUGCAGCAGGCAUGAGAAAAAUGUGGUUGGUGUAUGUGUGUGAUGAGGAAGAGAAGGAAUUGGGAAGGCAACAAGCUCCUGGGUCAUGUCCUCACUGUGGAGGCAAAGUAGAAGCUGUUGAUGUCGAGGCUCAGUGGAAGUUUUGCUUGCUCCCCAUGUGUUUCAAGAUCAAGAGGAAGUUCUUUUGCUCUCUCUGCUCCAGGCGCCUGGUCUUGUACUACUAGCUCAAACUAAUAAGCACCCAGCUCCGA